GACCGGGCCGCGGGUUCCGCCCGGAGCGCGGACACAAGAUGGCGGCGCCGUGAGGUGACGGUUGGAGGAGCCGGCGGGGGGAAGAAGCACCAACCGAGGGACGAUGUUCGCCAAGGGUUUCCGCGUCAAGUCCAACAGCGCGAUCAAGGGCUCGGACAGGAGGAGGCUCAGGACGGAAAUCCAAACUUCAUUCUCGUUGUCUGCCAAUCAACUAUCAUGUCUCCUGCCCAGCAAGGAGGAUGUGAAUGUGGUGAAAAUCUAUUUGCAUAAAGGAGAAUCCGUGACUGUCUAUGUUGUAAAUAAAAACCCCAUCUUCUUUGAAAUGAACAAGAGAAUCUAUCCUACAGUCUAUACCCUGUGGUCGUAUCCGGAUAUGCUGGUUUCGUUCACCACCUGGCCAGCUGUUCUACCAAAGCUUGUCGGAGGAGCAGAUCUGAUGCUGCCCGGAGUGAUCCUGCCACCACCUGGUCUUCCCGUGGUACUGCAGGGAGAUCUGUGUGCCAUCAACCUUGUGGGAAACAGAGCCCCCGUGGCGAUCGGCUUGGCCAACAUGUCGACAGCAGAGAUGCUUGCGGCUGGAAUGAAAGGGAGAGGCCUCACCAUCCUCCAUGCAUACCUGGACCAGCUGUGGGCGUUUGGGGAGAAGAUGCAUCCACCUGUGAUCGUGCGUGAGCUCAGUGACCAGCAGGAGGGGGAGGAGGAGGAGGAGGGGAUGACUGAAGCAGUUGGCGUGGGGAAUGGGGCGGUGAACCUGCCCGUGACGGUGUCGGACGCAGACGCGGACACUCCAGACCUGGGUGAUCUGCGUCUAGACGUGGAGACGGAGCAGGAAGGGGUGACCUCGCGGGCGAGCCAGGCCGGGGCUGGAGCCGGGGACGAUGGUGUGGACGACCCAGAGACUCUUUCCUUGGCGCAAACGUCCACCGAUGCCGGGAGUGCGCGGGAGGCUGCACACGCCGUCGUCACCACGCCCGCACAGAUGGACGAGCUGCUUCACCAGUGUUUCCUGCACGCGCUGAAGCGUAAAGUGAAGAAAGCAGACCUGCCGCUGCUCACUAGCACCUUUCUGAAGAUGUACAUGUACCCAUGUUGCCCUGAAGGCAGAAGCGUGGACAUCAAGAAGUCAAGCUACAAGAAGCUCUCCAGGUUUCUCCAGGCCAUGCAGCACAAGCAGAUCAUCCAGAUGAGGGAAUUCUCCAAAGGAGUGGAAAGCAUCGCAGUUGUGAACUGGCACCACACAGAACUGAGGUCCUUCACGGUUCCUGAGGAGGCCCCAGGUGAUGAGACGCCGCAGGCUGCGAGUGAGACCGAGGUGGUCUACCAGCCUCCGGAGAUCUGCUCCUACUACAGCAUUCCCAGUAGACUGGUUCCCUUGUUUCAGCACGCGGGACUCAAAAAAGAUGCCGAACUCUCCAGUGUCGAUGUUAAAAAUAUCGUCACAGAUUACGUCAAAUCCAAUGAGCUGAUAGAUGACUGCAAUAAAAAUUACGUAAUUAUUAAUCCCACCCUGUGUGACUGUGUAUUGGAACCAUCGGAGUAUCACAAUGUGUCCAAACUCAAAUGGGAUGACCUCUUUACCAGAUGCUUGCAGAGGCUGCAGAAAUGUCACCAAGUGACGUUCCCAGGGCAGAGGCCAUUCGUUCGGAAGGGGGACAUCAAAGCAAUUAUCAUUGAUGUGGCCCAGCGUGCAUCCAACAAGAAGGUAACUUUGAUCAAAAACCUGGACGUGUACGGCAUCGAUGCUCAGACGUUUGGAAACCUCCUCCAGCAGCGAGCUCAGGCCAGCGUGACUUACAACACGGCCCCUGGGACAAAGGACAAACUGGACCUGCAGAUUCAAGGCAACCAGGUCCACCACAUCGCCAAGAUCCUCACAGAGGAAUACAAGAUCCUGUCGAAAUAUAUCGAGGGCUUGGAUAAGGCCCCAAAAGUUGGCAAGAAGAGGAGGUGACGUUGAAUCAUCCAACCGCAGUAACGGCCGUAAGCAGCUGCCGGCAUCAGUCUCGUACAGAACUCUUUCAAUAAUGAUAUCCAGCAGCCGGUGAAACACGGAGAUGUUACCCGUCCCGCCCAGUUACUCCGGCUUUCUGUGUCUAUCUUCGGUUAAGAACCCAGCUUGGUGUUUGCAGACUCGUCCACUGGAAGAAGCAGUCUGGAAAGCACCAGGAUUCACCGACAGCUGCCCAAACCUGGCAGGGGAUGGAGUGAUUUGUGUUUGCUCCAGGCAGGGCAAGAUAGUUGGUGACCCACAGCCCGCUGUGUCCAAUAUUCUUCAGGGGACGUCACUGCUGGAGAAAAACUCAUUGUGCAAAGCUCUUGAGGUGAAGGGCACCGUUAACUUGGAAUUGCAAUAAAAAACCACAGACACU